ACGAGCUCUGAAGCCCGGAGACCCGGGCCGCGGCACAGCUCCCACAUGGCCUCCGGAGGGGGCGCGGCCUUCGAGGAGCUGCCGCAGGACGGCACGGGUGAUGAGUGCGAGCCCGACGAGGCUCCGGGAGCCGAGGAAGUGUGCCGGGAAUGCGGCUUCUGCUACUGCUGCCGCCACGCGGAGGCGCACGGGCAGAAGUUCCCCCGGCACCACCUGGCCGAGUACGUCCACGGAGCCGCCCAGGCCUGGACCCCGGGAGCCCGGGGGGAUGGGGCGGGAGAGGAAGAAGUCGAGGCCCAGGUAGAGAACGAGAAGGCCCUAGAAAGCGAGGCGGGGGAAGAGAGCGAGUCUGAGGAAGACUGUGAGUCCGAAGAAGAGAGUCAGACGGAGGAGGAGAGCGAGGACGAGAGUGAUGAAGAGAGUGAGGAAGACAGUGAGGAAGAAAUGGAGGAUGAGCAAGAGAGUGAAGCAGAGGAAGACAACCAGGAGGAAGGAGAAUCGGCGGCCGAGGGAGAAACUGAGGCAGAAAGCGAAUUUGACCCAGAAAUAGAAAUGGAAGCGGAGAGAGUGGCCAAGAGGAAGUGUCCGGACCAUGGGCUCGAUCUGAGUACCUAUUGCCAGGAAGAUAAGCAGCUCAUCUGCGUUCUGUGCCCAGUCAUUGGGGCACACCAGGGCCACCAGCUCUCCACCCUAGACGAAGCCUUCGAAGAACUAAGAAGCAAAGAUUCAGGCGGACUGAAGGCGGCUAUGAUAGAGUUGGUGGAAAGGUUAAAGUUCAAGAGCUCAGACCCUAAAGUAACCCGGGACCAGAUGAAGGUGUUUAUACAGCAGGAAUUUAAGCAAGUUCAAAAAGUGAUCGCUGAUGAGGAGCAGAAGGCCCUUCAUUUAGUGGACAUCCAGGAAGCAAUGGCCACGGCUCAUGUGACUGAGAUCCUGGCAGACAUCCAGUCCCAUAUGGAUAGAUUGAUGACUCAGGUGGCCCAAGCCAAGGAACAACUUGAUACCUCUAAUGAAUCAGCUGAGCCAAAGGCAGAGGGCGACGAGGAAGGACCCAGUGGUCAUGGAGGUGCUCAGCAUUCUACGUGUCAGAAAUUUCCCUGA